AGGGAAUUAAAAAAAAUCUCUUUUUUACAUAGGGAAAGUCUCAGAUUUUUAUAAAGUUCUAUGAAAACAGUGAAACUCCUCAUUGAUCACAAAUUAAAUGUUUUGAAUUUAUAUACGGGUGUGGGAACUUUUCAUAUAUCUCUGUUUUAGCUGAAUGACUAUGGCUGGUUCUGCUCUAAGACGUCUUAUGGCUGAAUACCGCCAGCUUACGCUGAAUCCCCCGGAAGGCAUUAUAGCAGGUCCCAUAAGUGAAGAGAAUUUUUUUGAAUGGGAAGCGCUUAUCACUGGACCUGAGGGAACUUGCUUUGAGGGAGGCGUUUUUACUGCAAAAUUAGUGUUUCCUCCCGACUAUCCAUUAAGCCCUCCAAAGAUGCGAUUCACCUGCGAAAUGUUUCACCCGAAUAUUUUUGCAGAUGGAAGAGUGUGUAUUUCGAUAUUACAUGCUCCUGGAGACGAUCCACUUGGUUAUGAACUUUCUGCUGAGCGCUGGAGUCCGGUACAGAGCGUAGAAAAAAUUUUACUGAGUGUAGUCAGUAUGUUGGCGGAGCCUAAUGAUGAAUCCGGAGCGAAUGUUGAUGCAGCGAUAAUGUGGCGUGAAAACAGAGAAGAAUUCAAUAAAAUAGCAAAACGUAUUGUAAGGAAAACAUUAGGAUUGCAUUCAUAAAAUAAAACUGUUUUUAUUUUCUAAA